AAUAAUGGGUGGGUUGAUCGAGGCACCAAUUAGUAACACAAUUAAUGAGGCGUUGAGAAGCAACAGUUGCUUUGCAUGACUGUGACAGAAAUGACGCUUGAAACAAAAACCAAAAGAAUCAACCUCCUGACCUCUGAACCAAAAGAAUCAACCUCCUGACCUCUGAACCAAAAGAAUCUACCUCCUGACCUCUGAACCAAAAGAAUCAACCUCCUGACCUCUGAACCAAAAGAAUCCACCUCCUGACCUCUGCUGCGUCGACAAGCCAUCUAAAAGGUUGUGUAAACACCGGUUACCAACAAAGGUGCUCAUAAUGUAAGCAUACACAUAAUGUACGUAGCCCGUAUGUAAAGUGAAACUUAAAGAUGCGGCGUUUUAACUUUACUUCUUCGAUUCACUUGUUAUUCUAGGCUUCACAAAGACAUUGGACUUGAAGGGGAAAAAUUGUAUCACCAGUCUUACAAUUACUGUAAUUACUGAGAGAAACACUGUUUCAAAUGAAACAUUAAUGUUAGAAAAAAGAUUAUAUUUCAAAAUUAACCAAUGAAUAUAAGUACAAAACAGACAGGCAAUUACCUGUAAAGAUAAUGUUAUUCACUUCACCCAUCAGGCUGGUACGCGGAUCCACUGGCUGUAAAUCAACCUGGUUUGUUGUUAUAAAUUAUUUCUUGAAACGGCCCCCACUGGCUUGUUCAAGGGAAUAUGCGUAGCCUGCAAAUGACAUGUCUAGUGUUACGUAUAAUAACAUGUCUAGUGUUACGUAUAAUAACAUGUCUAGUGUUACGUAUAAUAACAUGUCUAGUGUUACGUAUAAUAACAUGUCUAGUGUUACGUAUAAUAACAUGUCUAGUGUUACGUAUAAUACAAAGUUGUUAAAUAUAAUGAAAAUGAAUAACGAAAAGCGAAAACAAAGCGAACAGAGGUUAAGAUUUGAAAACGUUUCAGUUUUACCAAUUUAAGCAAUUUUAGUCAAACCGAAGAAACAAAUAGUCUAGUCUAUGUUUAUAUUAUUGUUAAAGAAAUGUUUAUAAUAUAAAGUAGUCUCACUUCUGUGAGUCAUGACAAAAUUGAGUUAAAAAUAAUAAUUAUAACUAGUAAAGGAUACAGAGUAAAUGCUUAGUGGGUUUUAAGUAUACAAACAACACACUGAUGUAAUAGGUGUAAACAUUUAAAAUUUAAUUCUUAACUAUUUUUACAAAGUGUUUACUUGGCGUACUUAUUGUAAAUUAUAUUUCUAAAGUCUCAAUGCUUCUAGAGGGUUGCUUUAUUGAAAACCGUUUUUAAACAAAAAUAUUUGAAAGAUCCUGCUUAAAAAAUAAUCCAACUGAGUAGUUCACUUAACUUACCUUAUCGAGGAGUCACUGGCCAGGUAGGCAACGGGGUAUAAUACGGAAAAUUCAGGCUCGCUAUGCUCGCACUGGAUAUUUUCGGGAAUUUACGGUAGUUAACGUGUAGUUGCCUGUACCGAGGGUCACACUGUGUUGCUAUGGAGCUGAGAAAACUUCCGGCGGAGCUUUAGCGAGUGUUUCUUCAUCCACAGAUUUGUUUACAGUGUAUGUUCAAGCUGAGAAGACUAUACAAGAAAGGUAAAUUGUGUAAAGGGUGUUAUUCAACAUAAUCUUAUUGAAGAGCUCUUUAAGAUGAUGCAAGAAAGUCAACCUAAGUAAAAUUAAUUGAUGAUAAUGUCAUUUAAAUUUACUGGUUUUGUCAGUUUUGAACACACACAAAAUUCCUUUUACUUUUGACACUUUUGUUAUCUGUAGUUAAUAGUUUAUAAUUUAUAUAUUAUACUUAUUUAUUAUAUAUGAAUAAUUAAAUAUAAUUACCUGUCAGUAUAUUUAUUUAUAGCCUAAAGCCUAGUAAUUUAUUAAUAUUUCUAUGGAUAUUAUAAGGAAUAAACUAUAUGGCAUAUGCUGCCUAUAAUUUAUAACUGUGAUUCAGUAUGAUUGUAAAAAAAUAGCCACCAAUGACAGGUGUGCGGGGGGGGGGGGAUUUUAGCCAAAUGCAGUGUUUUUUGGGGGGGGGAGGGGGAAAGCAGCAAAACAUUGGGUGGCACUUACCCUAAAGUCUAAAGUUACAUUGGUAGGCAAUGGGUGGCACUAACCCUACAGUUACAAUUACAUUAUCCAAAAGGGGGGGGGGGGGGGGGGGGGGGAUUUUAGCCAAAUGCAGUGUUUUUUGUGGAGGGGAGGGGGAAAGCAGCAAAACAUUGGGUGGCACUUACCCUAAAGUCUAAAGUUACAUUGGUAGGCAAUGGGUGGCACUAACCCUACAGUUACAAUUACAUUAUCCAAAACAGGGUGGACAAAAUCUUAUAGCUAUAGCAAUACAGUUCAGUUACAUUAUCACAUUACUAUGAUUGUAACAUUAGUGCAAUAUCGCUAAAUAAUGUAAUUGAAAUUGUAAAGACCCUACUCUAGUGAUAGUAAUCAAACUUCUGCUCCGGAACUUCAUGCAGCUUUUGCAAGUAAUAGUCAUUUUAAAUUCAGAUAUUAUUAUUUGUAUUACUAAUUAAUAAUAACAUGUGACCCCUGAAAUAUUUUCUUGACAGAUGUGAUUUAUAAACCCUGGUCUAGGCCUUCAGAGCAUAACUGCAUCUUUGUGUGUGCUAACUGUAGGCCUACUCUGGUAUAUUGGUAUUUCUGCUUUCAAAAUUUAGUUGUUCGUGAUUUCCCCUGACUCUCGCUGUAUCUUCACUGUUACACAUCAAUCAUUACCUUCUCUGCUACAGUGUGACAGUGUCAAUCAUCACCUUCUCUGCUACAGUGUGACAGUGUCAAUUAUUACCUUCUCUGCUACAGUGUGACAGUGUCAAUCACUACCUUCUCUGCUAAAGUGUGACAGUGUCAAUUAUUACCUUCUCUGCUACAGUGUGACAGUGUCAAUCAUUACCUUCUCUGCUAAAGUGUGACAGUGUCAAUCAUUACCUUCGCUGUUACAGUGUGACAGUGUCAAUCAUUACCUUCUCUGCUACAGUGUGACAGUGUCAAUCAUUACCUUCUCUGCUACAGUGUGACCGUGUCAAUUAUAAACUGCUCUGCUAUAAUGCGGUAGUGUCAAUCGUAUCAUAUAUUUAUUUUUAGAAUUUGGCCAAGCGGCUCUGAGCACAUAUUGACCCUUCUUUGCUGAGAAAGUUUAUCAACUACAUCUGUUAAAAUUACAGCAGUUUUUUUUUUCCUUCCCAGGAUGGAGGCCCAGUAUUUAAAGGAGAAUCUUGGCUGUCUCACACAGUGCCUCAAAGAAGUUGUUGAAAAGCAUCCACAUGAUCCUAUUGAGUUCAUAGCUUUCUGGCUCAAGAAAUACAUCGAAAAUGAGAAAUAUAAAGCAAAGGUAAACACACACACAAAAGAAAGAAUCCAUUUAAUGCAUUUACAAAGCAGUUCAGCUAAUGCCACUAUCUUGUUUGUAAUACAAGUCUGGGGGCACUUCUUCAUGGUUCACUUGUUAACUCCCAGUAUAAGACUUUAAUGAAGCUCAAAAGGAAAUAAAGAGCCCACAAAAUGCAUUAAAAGGCAUUUGUUUUCAUUAUCCAAACAUGGUCCAGGACAAGAUACCAAAUACUAUUUAGUUCUUUGAAUGCAGCUGUCUGAUAGGGCAAAGGGAAGAUGACACACAAAGGCAGUAAAUAAUCCACACACUCUAAAAAGGCUGAUUAAAAUUUAAAUAAGAAAUUCAUUUUGAAAUGAUAGAGUUGAAAAUUUGUGAAUCUUUGUUAACAGACUUUCAAAAAAUGUACUGAUGAAAUUCAUUUGUUAAAUUUAUUGUUUAGCAAGCAGAAGAGGCCAGACAACUAGAGAAGGAGAAAGAAUUGGAAGCGAUUGAACAAGAGAGGAGAAUGAGGAGAAUAGAGGAGGCCAGGAGACUAGCAGAAGAGGAGGCUGAAAGAUUCAAGGUUUGCACCGAAAAUGGCCAAAAAGAGUUUCAUUUUACAUUGAUAUUUUAUAUUAUUAUAUCCUGGUUGGCCUUAAACUGGUCCACACAAAGAAAUAUUGGCACAAAAUCAAAUGACUGUUUAGUUAGAGCCUAAGAUGAAAAUAAGUUAGUACUCAACUUUAUGAUCUUGUUACCCAGUUAGGGUACAGGAAGUCAAACGUCUCACCUUGAGCAGUUCGACCCAGAUUCCAUAGCAUUUAAUGCAGUAUGACUUCGAUGGAUUUUGUCCAUGAUCCAAAAAAACCUGGCUGUUCAAUCUAUGAAAUACUUAACCCGUUUGAAUAUUAUGAUCAACCCUUUUUUUUAAGAUCAAUAAUGGAAUCAUAUUUUUGCUUACAGCCAAAGACAUAUAGCAUAUUUUAAAAUCAAAUUAUUAAAGACUAAUUAUUAAUCUCAUCAUUCAAUAAUAGAAUAUUGAUGAAUUUUCAUAAAACAAAUUGUUAAAGAAUAGUUAUGGAAUAUUAUAUUUAAGAAAAAUGAUCAAGAGGCGUUUUAAAUGUCUCAUUUUUAUUUUAGUUAGUUUACAUGUUUUUUAUAAUUUUAAAGCGCUUAGAGCUUUAAUGUAAGCGCUAUAUAAAAAUGCCUAAAUAAAUAAAUAAAUAAAUAAAAGAAAUGAAAAUUCCAUCUCGAUGAAAUUUUACAUCUGUCAACAAAAUGUUGGUUGAAAAUAAUAUGAACCACACUUGAAAAAAAAUUAAAAUUAGUUUAACAUUCCUGUUUGAGAUAGAUUAUCCUUCAGUAAUUCUUCUUUUUAUUAUUUAAUUUUUAAAAAAAAUCACUUUUGUUCCUAUUUCCUUAAAUUUCAUAAUAUAUUUUUAUUUCCCUCAAAUAUAGUCUACAAUUAUUAUCCUCUUUGGAUGAAGAUCUUAUAAAGUUAUGAUAUCCAGCUGGGAUGAAACCUCUAAUAGAAUUUUUUUUUUUUUUUCAUUUUGUUCCAGGCUGAACAAGAAAGAAAAGCAAGAGAAGCAGCAUCUGCCUCCAAACUUCCCAUCGUAGAAGAGAAAGAUGAACCUGCCGGUGAGCCAGCUCCAGAGGACGACACACCUGGUGACCUCUCUGGAGAUAUAAAGGAAGAAGAGGGGGUGAAAGAUGAAGAGGGGAAGGAUGAAGAGGUGAAGGAUGAUGAGGCUGAGGGAGAAUCUAAUGAACAAGUGAGUAUAAAGAAUUUCAAAUUUAAAAAAAAAAUAUUAGAUCUUGUGUUUUAGUCGUUUCCUUAAAUAUAUAACAACUUUGUUUGGUAAUAAAAAAAAUAACAAUUCCAUUUAUGCAGAGCAAUAAUCCUUUUAAAAAAAGUUGAAUCAAGAUUUCUAAAUGUGUUGGAUGAUGUGAAUUAUAAAGAAAAGUAAGUUUAGGUAUGGUAACUGUUAGCAAAAAACACAAUGUCUGGUAUAUUUUACAACAAAGCACAACCCUAAAGAUUCAGGAAUCACAAUGAACUCUUUACUUGUUCACCUAUUCUAAAUAAAAUUAAAAUUUUGAAACUAACUGAGAAAAGUUACACGGCAUAUGAUGGUCGAUUUUUUUUCGCUUUGGAAAUACUCUUGUGUUAAAUUGUUCUAGUUUAAAAAUAUUUGUCUAUUUAAGAACAUUUAUGUAUGUGCUUAAAGUGAAAUAUGUACAUUAAAAUAAUUGUUUCUAUUUAUGUUUGCAUCAAUAUGAUAAUCUUAUCUUAAAUCUUUUCAAAAGGAGUUAUUAUCAAGUAUUUUUUAAUUACAAAUAACCAAAUAUUUAUAUGCUCUUUAGGAUGGGGAGAAAGCUGAAGCUGAGGAGGGAGAAAUCGGGUCACCUGAGGAAACAAGUGGGACGACCGAGGAUUCGUAAAAUGUAUUAAUGAGAUGUAAAUAUGAUGUACAGUGUACGGAAUACUUGUUCAAAUUUGAUGUAAAAAGACAGCACACAGUUAAUCAGGCGUUCAUAAUGGGAGCAAAUCAUUCAACCCUUAUUCGUUUACUCAGUUUUUUCCCUUAGUAAAUUUAAGCGUUUUUGUUGUCACUGAAGAUCAAAUGCCAUUGAUAAACAAUUACGAAGAAGAAUGCAUUUUUAACCUACAUCCAAAGUUAAAGAGUCUGCAAAUUAACAUAUUGUUUUGUUUUUUUUUAUGUUGAGGAUCGUGUUAUAUGGUGAUAUUGAUGUAAUUGUAAAUGAAAAAUAUAAAAAAAUAGUGUCUCUUUAAAGAUGUGUUGUAAUCCUGUUUAUAAAUUUAAAGCUCUGUGGAAGAAAUGUCACAUAGUGUUUCUGUACAAUAACACAGUCAAAGUAUGAUCAGUGCUUAUUUCAGUAAUUUUCAACCGGGCAAGGGUUCCAUGAGUGCCAGCCAGGGGUUCUGCAGGUGGCCAGUAAAAAUAUAAAAAUGACAGCCGAAAUUGCCGGGGAGCAAGUCUGGCACUACUAGCACCAUACAGUAAUUAGUAGUCUUUUUUAUCCACUUAAUUUCUGUUUCCUUUGUUGUCCUUAUGAGCAUUUAGCUUUUGAAUAACUUUUCAUAGCACAAUUUUGUUGCACCACCAUGGACCGAUUUAUUAAGAAGAGAAAAUUAGCAGAUGGCACAGCUGACAACCAAACUAAAACUCAGGAGCAGUCGACGGAUGCUACUGCUAGUACCAUGUCAUGUGAGCAGAAUGUGACAAAAAUUGACAUUGUUGAUCAGAAUUAAAAGUUAUUCAGAACAGUGAUAAUGACUUAGCUAUGGGAUACACUUGGGCAGGAGACUCAUUUGGAAUAGAACAAACCCUUGUGCCACUGCAUGGGGUUAGCAUAGAACAAACCCUUGUGUCACUGCAUGGGGUUGAUGUAGAACAAACCCUUGUGUCACUGCAUGGGGUUGACAUAGAACAAACCCUUGUGUCACUGUAUGGGGUUGACAUAGAACAAACCCUUGUGUUUCGUUUGGAGUUCCGCGAGCAAUCCAAAUGCCCCUUAGGGUUCCACUCCAAUAAAAAGGUUUGAGAAAACACUGGCUUAGUCAAACUGAAUGCCACUAACUGUCAGUGAACAAAGAUAAGUUUGGCCUGUUGCUUUGUUAAUCCCUGUUUCACAAUACCUAUAAAUAAUUAAUUAAAUCAUAUUUCAAGUUAGCAAUUCUAUAGUGAUAAAAAGGAUGAGUUUCUUUCUACUCUUUUUUUGGUGUUCAUUUGAUUUAAAUUGUAUCUAACUGGUAACACACAGAUUUCACAUAGAAAAGGCAAAUGUUAGAAUGUAACUAUAUUUUUACAAUACCAUAAUUUUAAAACAGUGUUGUAAGUCAAGAGCAAUAACUCUAAAACAAACAUAUAUAUAUUUCCACUAUCAUUACUAUUGGAACUUUGUAUUAUAGGAUGAGGUUUUGGUGACUUUCAUUAAAUACUUACAAAGAGGAGAAAAAAAAUGUGUUAUUGUAAAAUAAAUAAAAUAUAUUUACAUUGAUAGUUAUGUUCAUUGAUUUAUUUUAUUAAAUUGCUUUAGUGAUUAGUUGAAUAAGCUAUUUCAUUGAAUUGGUUUAGAGAUUAAUUGUAAAGAUAUUUUUAUUGAAUCGCUUUAGUGAUUGGUUGAAUAUGUUUAGAGAUUAGUUGUAUAAGUUAUUUUACUGAAUUAGUUUAGAGAUUAGGUGUAUAAGUUAUUUUACUGAAAUGAUUUAGAGAUUAAUUGAAUAAGCUAUUUCUUUCACACACUUGAACUAGCAAGACU